AUGCAAAUCGCACGCAUCCUCACCACCCUCGCCCUCCUAUCUCCCCUCACCCUCGCACAAACAGACUCCACCAUCACCACCCCAAACCCCAGCCAAACAUCACCUCCAGGAGAUCCAACCUGCCCAACCAUAACCGUAACCACUGGCUCAACCUGCCCACAAAUCACACCCGUCUGCAUCCGGCCUCUCUGCAUUGAAAUCUCAACUAUCACGCAGCAAUGCUCUUGCGGCGCUGUGCCGACUGUGACGAGUUGUGAGACGGCGUGUGGGAGGGGAUGUGCGGUGAGUACGUCUGUUGCGUAUUUGCCGUGUUCGGUGAGCCCCAGUUCGUCUGGGAGUGGGAGUGUGAGUGUGAGUGUGACGUCGGGGACGGUGGUGACGAGUACGGAAUCGGGAACUGUGACUCCGACGGGUACUGAAUCUGGGACUGUGUCUCCACCUGCUCAGACGUCGUCGUUUGGGAAUGGGACGGUAAUAGUGACGCCUACGAGUACGAUUUCGAGUCCUACAGUCAUUGUCACGGGGGCUGCGGGUAAGAAGGAUCGUGUUGGGAAGGGAGGGUUGGUUUUGGGGGUGUUAGGGGCAGUUGUAGGACUCUUUUGA